CGAAAAUAGUCCACGGAACAGUCUUUUUUUCUGUUCCUCGAUUAAUUGGAUUCAGCCAUUUGUUUCUCCUUUUCUUCUCACGAGGAAGAAUGAAGAACUUCAAAUGCGGCUCCGAACUCUUCCUUGCGUGACAACCCGCAACACAGCAACUUUUAGUCAUUUCGACGGUAAAAAGACCACAAAUAAUACGAAAGUUCAACGCGUUUGUAUUACAAUGCACGACAGAGCAACUGCUUGUGACUCGUCUUUUGCCCCAUUUCAGUAUGGCGACGCUUUGUUGUGGCUGGUGACGUCAUUAAUGCCCGGAUGUCCGACUGGCUCUAAGCAAACUUACGCCCUUGAAUCAUGUAUGAAUUCACUUUGCAGUGUUUUACUGUAAAAUUGUGAAUGACGCAGUCGAUUUUCCGGAGUCAGUUUUAUUUUGAAACGUGCCUUUAAUUUUGAAACUCAACCCGGAAACGACCAAUACGCCCUGAGGCGGACUUGACAGUGUCCCGUCCCGCGCAACGAGAGCCUCCUUGAGAGAGUUCACUUGUCCCGUGACGCGCAGAGGACAAGCGAGGAACCACCACAGACUACGGCGCUCGAGCGUCUCCCCACUCCGCCCACACCGCGUUCUCGCACGGCUUGGAGGAAAGCGGAACCGGGGGGUUCUUCUCUCGGCUCCGGACCCGUCCCGCUUCUGAUGAUCUACACGCCAGUGGGGGAAGUGGCUCCGCUCGCAAGAUGAAAUCAGCCGACGGCGGGGCCAGCAUCACCGUGGACAAGCUGAACGCCGGCGACCCCAAGCGGAGGCCCAGCUACCCGGGGGAGCCGCGCGCCAAGCAAGCCAGCAUGUCCGCCAAGGUGUGGGUCAAAGUGGCCAUGGCCAUCGCUUAUUUCCUCUGCGUGUCCGUGGCCGCUUUCAUCCUGGUCAUCUACUACGUCUUUUUCUGGACGCCCGGCCCGCACAACAACAGCACCGCCAGCAGCGGCGGCGUCGCGGGCUCGCACAACCGCACCGACUGCGCGUCCAAAUUCGGAUGACCGCAUGCUGGAAGAUGGAGGAUCGUCCCGCGUUUGUGCGAAGGUGGGAUGCUGACCUGACGGAUGCACCGAAAAGACCCCGAAGUGCCCUCAACCUUUUGCUUUCCUUGAAGGACGUCCAGGAUUCAAUAUAUAUUUUUUUUGCCUUUGCAACGUUGUAGCCUCCCCCAACUUCAUAACUACUUUAUUCACCUUGAAGGACUUCCAGGAAUAGAUUCCACGGGGUUCGAUAUUCAAUAUUUAAAAAUCCUGACUCGGCAACUAUGUGAUCUCCCCUCCCCCUCAAUGUUUGUUUUCUGGGUCUUUGAAAAAGACUUUGGAAAAAAGACCCAGAUAGUGUUAUUGUUUUUUUUUUGUUUUUGUUUUUUUGAAUGGGAUUUCUUCAGCGCGCUCCACAGCCCGAACCGUUUUGACCAAUUGGCACUGUUCGAAUAUCGAAACGACCAGAAUUUUCACGCGACGCAGGGAAUUUCUCGAACGACCCCGAAAGAUUUCCUGUUCAUCCUUCAACGCUGAUUUUUCACAGAUUUAUGGAAAAAACAAAACUUCAAAAUGUAUCUAAUCCUAUUUUGGACCAAAUCACAUAAUUUGGACAUCAAAACUUCGGGGACGGCGAGGGGCAUAAAAGGUGUAUACAGAAUUUUGGAAAAAAUAUACGGUUCCCUGGAAAUUUGCAAUAAACUUUCCCACUCAUUUUUAAUGGGAUGCAAUGUUCAAAUUUCCCAUCCAUUUCCAAUGGCAUUAACAUUGCAUUGGGCCAAUUAAGACAGAUACAAUUGACGGCCAUGCAUGUCAAUUCUAUUGAUGCCAAUGUACUUGGAUUCCAUUGACACAUAUGGAUGUCGAUGCCAUUGACGGCCAUGGACGUCCAAAUUUCCCAUUCAUUUUCAAUGGCAUUUACUUUUUUUUUAAUGCCAUUGAUGGCCAUGUUUGUCAAUUUCUAUUGAUGCCAAUAUACUUGGAUUGCAUUGACGCAGUUGUAAGUCAAUGCCAUUGAUGGCCAUGGACGUUUAAAUUACCCAUUCAUUUUUUAAUGGCAAAAAAACCAGUGUCCCCAAAUCAACAGGAAAUGACCAGAUAUGACUAGGAAACGCCCCCAAAUGUCCCUAAAUGACCCGAUAUGACCAGGACACGCCCCCCCCAAAUGUCCACAAAUGACUUGGUAUGACCAAGACCUGAUAUUUUCCCCGAAAUGUCCCCAAACCAACUUGGACGGCGCUAAGAUCUGUAGCUCCACACAGCAAAGACCCAGAGUAAUUUCUCCAGAAAUUGCAGUUUCUAGUUAAACAUCCUAUUUACCUUGAAGGACUUCAGGAUGCCCCCCCCCCCCCCCCCCACCUUCAAUAACGAAUUACUCCCAGAUAGCAGACCGACAUUGAAUAAACGUUGAUUUUCUAUCAAAAUCAUCAGUAUGGUUGAUAUCGAAAUUUUCGACGUCAAGUGACGUUGAAAAAAACGUUGUUCUAUGGUAUGUCAGGCGACUGUUGGGUUAACAUUGUUUUAUAGUUGAUGGACUAAUGUUGACAAAUAGUUGAUUUAUGAUUGACCGAGAAAUAUGAUUGAAAAGUCAUUGAAUUAUAUACCUAUUAACCCAAAUACUGUAUUGGCCAGAAUAUAAGACAGUGCUUUUUGCAUUGAAAUAAGACUGAAAAAGAGGGGGUCGUCUUAUAUUCGCGGUCUAGACAUUAUACCCAUUCAUGGCGCUAGAUGGCGCCAGAUAUCAUUGAAGCAAUGUUCUGUCAUGACUGAUCUCAGCUACUCUCAAGUUUAACCAGUUUGCAUUAUUUUAUUGCAAUGCUUUUCCUUAUUCAGAUUUGUUUCAAGACUACAGUUACAGUUAGAUGGUUAAUGCAGUUAUUGCAAUUUUGUUGUUUUAUCACAAUAGAUUGGCUUCUGCUUUUUGAAAUGUAAAUAAACCAUUCAUUUACGAAUGUGAUUGCACUUUAGUUUACGUAUUUAAAUGUUCAGAUAUUAAGAUUUGGAUGAGGCAAAAUAACAUGCUUUUUUUCCCCCUCUAAUAUAUUGUUAUAAUCAUUUGUUUCAGAUGUACUGUAAUUAUUUUCUGUAUAAAAAUUAAUUUGGUGUUCAAAAAGUUUUUUUUUCAAACUUAAGUCUUGAAAAAAAGGGGGUCGUAUUAUAAUCAAGACCGUCUUAUAUUCGGGCCAAUACGGUAAAUCAAUAAAUAAGCCGCAGGAUUCAAAAUGAAGGAAAAAAUAGCACUUAUAGUCCGAAAAUUACGGUACUAACUAUGAAGGAAAUACUGUCUUCACUAUUAUAUUCACUAUAAUGCUUCAUUUGUGUCAUAUUUCUCUUUUGCCGGAAUUCAGUGAUUAUUAUUAUUUUUUAUUUCUUUGGCUUGAUGUGGUUAUGUAAUAUGUCAUUAUACAGUAUCAUUGUAACAACAGUUCAUAUGGAUAACUUUGUGCUGAGAAAAAAAAUUCAAACAAAUUUGUAAGCAGUUACUCACAAUGUUACUCAUUAGUUGAGUAGUCUUUUCACCAAAUACCUUUUUUACUUGAGUACAUUUUUUGGAAGACUACUUUUACUUGAGUAAUAUUAUUUUGAAGUAACGCCAUUCUUACUUGUGUACAAUUUUUAGCUACUUUACCCACCUCUGCUCUUAACUCAUUGGUGGCGCUAGACGUCCAACCAUGCGACUGCCCGCCCUCCCAGUCAAAAUUUACUGGACGUCUAUCACUGUCAAUGGCAAGCAACAUGUUAAAGCAGAAACGAUUAAUUGACAGAAAGCUAUUUUAAUGUUGAGUCAUCCAGCCGCUGUCCAACUGUAUUAGACGUCAAUGGCAGCCAAUGAGUCAAUCACUGUAUUUACCGUCAUGGAUCUUCCUUUGGACCUGUCCUACGAUACCUCUAGUAUCUCAAAUCCUUUCUAAAUAUGCUUUUGGCUCGCAAAAUCCAAGUUGAGUUCAAUAUGCUUAAUUCAUGUCACAAAGACACAACAUUGCCAUAUUUUGCGGAAGGUAUAAACAUCGACUUCAUAAUGUAUUCACGGGGUGCGGGUCCGAUAAAUAGGGGGCCUGCAUUGUUGGCGAGGCCGUCAAAGCUGACCGAGUGGAAUCACAAAGAGCUUUUUUCUUGAAAAUUCUUGUCAAUAAAUGCUUAAAUCUCUGAAUUCUUCAUAGAUAUGGACGGAAAACAGUCUCGAUUCUUGGUUAAAAAGCCAAAAAGAAAAACAAAAAACGUGAGGUUAGCAUUUAUUUUACCUAAAUAUGUCGAAGUACAAUGCUAGUCUGUUAGUGAAUGUAGCUAGCGGCCGCAUGAUGUAAACAGAGCUUUUCCGGUGAAGAUUCUUGUGAAUAAAUGCUUAAAUCCCUGAAUUCUUUAUAGAUAUGGACUAAAACAGUCUCGAUUCUUGGUGAAAGCAAAAAAACGUGCAGUUAGUAUUUAUUUUACGUAAAUAUGUGGAAGUACAAUGCUAGUCUGUUAGUAAAUGUAGCUAGCGGCCGCCUGAUGUAAACAGCUUUUCCAGGGAAAAUUCUUGUGAAUGCUUAAAUCCCUGAAUUCUUUAUAGAUAUGGACGUAAAACAGUCUCGAUUCUUGGUUGAAAGCAAAAAAACAAACAAAAAAACGUGCAGUUAGCAUUUGUUUUAUGUAAAUAUGUCGAAGUAUAAUGCUCGUCUGUUAAUGAAUGUAGCUGUCGGCCGCCUGAAGUAAACAGCUUUUCCGGGGAAAAUUCUUGUGAAUAAAUGCUUAAAUCCCCUAAUUCAUUAUAGAUAUGAACGUAAAACAGUCUGGAUUCUUGGUUAAAAGCAAAAAAACGUGCAGUUUGCAUU